AGCAUUUCAUCGACAACCCCGUCCGGUCAACCGUUCGGCCGCAAAGGCAAGGAGGCAUCGAUGAUCAAAUACAAGUCUGUCGGUCACCGUUACUUGGGUUUCUGCUGGAAGGCAUAUCAUAUCGGUCGUAAGGAAGCGCUUGAACGCUGGGCCGUUCGCUUUACGGAUGAGCAGUGGAGUUUGCUACAGGAUAUUGCAGACGAGCUUGAAAGAGACCGGGUUCCAAGCAGUCACGACAGCGGAUUCUUCAGCGGCAGAGAGAGACAAGCUACUGAUAAAGACGAAGACGAAUAUCAAGAUGAUGAUAAU